AAAAGAAAAACGACGCCGUAUGACUUCUUACGACAUUGUUUGCUCUUUGAUUACAACGAACGAACCAGACUCACAACUGAGAUCGGUCAAAGGUCAACAGCCACCAUGGCGCUCCGAUCAGCACCACCUCGUGCUGCAAAACCCAAACCCAAAACCUCGGAUCUGACCUCCGAAAUUUUUAGAAACCCAAAAGUACCCUUCGCUCUCGCUUUGAUUUUCGCCGAUGCCAUCCUCGUCGCUCUCAUCAUCGCCUAUGUCCCUUAUACGAAGAUUGACUGGGACGCUUACAUGUCUCAGGUAAGUGGGUUUGUUGGAGGAGAAAGAGAUUACAGUAACUUGAAAGGGGACACUGGGCCUUUGGUCUAUCCAGCUGGCUUUCUUUAUGUUUAUUCUGCAAUUCAGUAUGUUACAGGAGGAGAGGUCUAUCCAGCUCAGAUUUUGUUCGGCCUUUUGUACAUCAUAAAUCUGGGAAUCGUAUUAUUUAUCUACAUGAAGACUGAUGCGCUUCCAUGGUGGGCUCUUAGCUUGCUUUGUCUGUCAAAAAGAAUGCACUCUAUUUUUGUGCUCCGUCUCUUUAAUGACUGUUUUGCCACGACGCUCCUUCAUGCUGCAAUGGCUUCACUUCUUUACCAAAGGUGGCAUCUAGGGUUGAUCAUAUUCAGUGGUGCCGUUUCAAUAAAGAUGAAUGUGCUACUAUACGCUCCAUCUCUAUUUCUUCUCAUGCUAAAAGGUAUGGAUAUUAUUGGGGUGAUAUCGGCUUUAGCUGGUGCAGCAUUGGUGCAGAUCCUGUUGGGGCUACCUUUUCUCAUAUCACAUCCAAUUGCUUACAUAUCCAGAGCCUUCAAUCUUGGGCGUGUCUUCAUCCACUUUUGGUCUGUUAACUUCAAGUUCAUUCCUGAACCACUUUUUGUUUCAAAGGAACUUGCAGUCUCUUUGCUGAUUGCUCAUCUUGUACUACUUGCAGCUUUCACUCACUAUAGAUGGUGCAAGCAUGAAGGGGGGCUUCUCAACUUUUUGCAUUCUAGAUUUGUCUCUUUGAAGAACUCUGACAGUAGCGGUUCAUCCUUCAAGAUACUCAAUAAAGAACAUAUUGUGACAACUAUGUUUGUUGGGAACUUCAUUGGCAUUGUAUGUGCCCGUUCAUUGCAUUAUCAGUUCUACUCAUGGUAUUUCUAUAGUUUACCUUACCUAUUGUGGCGAACUCCCUUUCCCACAUUGCUACGUAUAUUUUUGUUUAUAGGGGUUGAAAUUUGCUGGAAUAUCUAUCCUUCAAACGCUUAUUCAUCUGCACUGCUUCUCUGUCUCCAUCUUGUUAUACUAUGGGGUCUAUGGUCUGCCCCAUCUGAAUAUCCUUAUGUGGACCAUAAAGCACACAAAGAGAAACGAAAGGAAAAGUAGAUUUAUACCCCCCUUAGCUGAAUUUUGAUUGUCUUUAAACUCUUACACAAUUUUUCCAUGACUGUAAAACAGCAGGUUGAGUUUUCUUUUCUGGCCGUAACUGGUUUCUUGUUCUAAGAUUGAAGAAUGUUCAAUCAGCCAUCUAUACUAUGAAUGCUAAAUACCAUUU